AUGCAUCUUAAUUUUAGCCCCCAUAGAAAUAUCUCUAACAAUCUCAUCCUUGGAGGUUGUUCUUUUGAUGCAAUUUACUCGGUAAGUUAUGAUUCAUUAGAUUUUGGACCAUCUCUGUGUGAGGAGAAUGAAAUUACUUUAUCUGAAAUGUGGUACCCUUAUAUAUCUUCACGUUAUGCAGUUGAAAUGUUAGGUUCUUGUAAUGGUCUAGUUUGCCUUAUGUAUAAUUUUAGAAGCUUCUCUGGUAAUGGUAAUGGUAGUGGUUUUUGCACAAAAUUCUUCUUCUGUAUUUGGAACCCAGCCACUCAUGAAUACAAGAAGGUAGGCGAACCGACAAAUAAAAUUGCUUUUGAGAAUAUCGGGAUUUAUGAUUUUGGUUGUGAUUACAAAAAUGAUGAUUACAAAUUGGUAAUUGGUUUGAAUUCUACUCACACUGGUUCUGUAGUCCAAGUCUAUACAUUAGGAUCUGAUUCAUGGGGAAGCUUCAUAACCAUCCCUUAUUUUUUCUAUUCUAAUCGGAAAUCUGGGGUACUUGUUAAUGGAAAUAUUCAUUGGUUAGCCGAGCAAGGAAGACUCAUAGUCUCAUUGGAUAUUAGCGAUGAGAGAUUCAAAGUAAUGGAAGUGCCAAUAGAACUCAGGGAGAAUGGACAUUGGUUUAUUACUGCAGCAGUGUUAGAAGGGUAUCUAUGUGUACUCGUCGUGUUUGAUACUGACACUGAUGAUUAUGGUGAUGGUAGUGAUGAUGAUGAUGGUGGUGAUGAUGAUCAUGGUCCUGUUGAGGUAUGGGUAAUGCAAGAUUAUGGUGUUCGAGAAUCUUGGAUUAAACGUUAUAUCAUCACCCAUGAAAUAAUUGCUAGGAACAUUAUGCAUCAUUCCUUUUCUUUGAGGUUUAUGUGGUUUUCUAAGAAUGGUCAGAUUCUAAUAACGGAGUCUGGUAAGUUAGUUUUAUAUGACCCAAAAGAUGGAAAUGCUAUUGAACGAGGUAUGGGUAGAGCAAGGGGAUUUAGGUCAGAAGCGAGUUAUUCUGAAAGCUUAGUUUCAGUUAACUCUGGUACCUAUGCGAGGAAAGGACACAUAGAGGAACCAAUUGAGACAGAGAAUCCUAAGAAGAAAAACAUGAGAAUGGAUUGGUUUUUGAUUUCCUGUGUUCAGUUAACUCGUUAUUCCUUACAGUAA